AAGAAGGUGAUGGUGGAGUUGACAGUGAGAAGGAGAAAGAAGAUAACCGUUCAAAGGGUGUGAAGGUAAAUAAGGAGGAUGAUGACAAAAUGAGAACGACAGCUGCAAAUGUUGCUGCUCGUGCUGCUGUCGGAGGAGAUGAUACAUUUUUAAAAUGGCAAUUAAUGGCUGAAGCUCGUCAAAAAUCUGUAUCUGAAGGUGGUAAAGAUGGGAGUCAGAAAGCUACUUCAGGUGGAGGAAAGAACUCUAAGGACAGGCAAGAUGGUGGACGACGGUUUUCUGGAAAUGGUGGUCGAAGAGUAGGGAAAAACCAAGGUUCGUCUCCUCAACCAAAAGUGGUAAGGACAAUCACUGUGAAGGAUGUGGUUGCUGUUUUGGAGAGAGAGCCGCAGAUGUCCAAAUCCACUUUAAUGUAUCGAUUAAUUCAAUAGAAAAAGCAGAAUCAUUAUUUAUAAGCUUCUGAUGAUAAUUUAAUCGUCAAGGCCCAAGAGAUUUAUACCAUUGUGUCUGUUCUAUGGCCAUUUCAACCUCAAACGUCAAUUCAUAAUA